AUGGACUGCCACCCCCGCGUCACCUCCCCCUCCGCAAACUCCUCCCUCACAUCCACACCCCUCGAGCACUCGCGCCGCACCUCCCGCGACUCCGCCCACGACGCCCGCCACUUCCUCCAGCCCGAGGAAAAGACCCACCACACGCUCAACCAAAGCAUCAAGAAGAUGUGGCGGGAAAUUAAACAACACGCUAUUGAACACCACCGCAGCGUCAAUGCAGCCUGGCAGGCUCAGUAUGGCGCAGGGGUUUCUACUGGACCGCCCAAUGUGCUUGAGGGCCGCGCGAGGGUCGAGCAUAAGUAG